AAUCAUAACAAUUUUUUACAUUAAUUUUAUAACGUCAACAUUUUGUGCAGUGAAUUGAUUGUAAUUAGACACAAAAAACGCCCAUGGAUUUGCAACAAUUAGAGGAAGAGGCACGUCAAGCGGCCCUUAAAGACAUUAAAAAUAUGCUCCAGCGACCGGGACAACUGGAAAAAGUUGAGCAAUAUUGUCACCGAGUGCAACGUAAAAAAGCCUCUGUGGAGGCUUUGCUGAAAACGGGCAUGCAAAAUCAAUUAGAAGGUGUGAGAGUGGGUUUAAAGCAAUUAAAGACCUGUCUCGAAGAUGUAAAAGAGGUAAGUCAGACCAUGGCCGAAGUGGAGAAACUUAUGCAGGGUGUUCCGGAAAUAUAUGAUGCAUUGGAAGAUGUACGCGAAGAAAAUACAAAACAUUCCCAGUAUGCUACAGCCGUAGAGAAUCUAAAGCAUAUCUUCAAUGUAGAUUCCAGUGUCCAGCAAACUAUGGCCUUAAUUGAAGAAGAUAAACUGCUUAAUGCCCACCAGCGUUUGGCUGAGUUGGAAAAUGCCCGUGAUGAUUUACUCUAUGAAUUGCACAAACAACCCAAACAACAUGCCUCGGAUAAGAUUACACUUAAACGACAUUUUGAGAAAAUCGACACCGUAUCACAGGCUUUGGAAAAGAAAUUACGUUUGAUAUUAAGUCGUACUUUAAAUACCGUACGCAAAGAACCAAAAUUCAUUGUCACAGCAUUGAGAAUCAUUGAGCGUGAAGAGAAAAACGAUCAAUUUGCUUUGCAGCAACAAAAGGUGACUUCUUUUCUACCUCCCGGACGUCCUCGGCAAUGGCGUGCUAUGGCUAUGAAUGUUUUAAAGGAGGCUGUUAUCACAAGAAUUGAAGGCUCCAAAUUGGAGGAAAGAGCUGAUAAUAAGAUGUGGUUGGUGCGUGAUUUGGAAAUACUGCGACAGAAUAUUCUUGUGGAUUUGAGAGUAGUCAAGUCAUUGUGUGUACCCUGCUUUCCACCGCACUACAACAUAUUUGAGGAAUAUGUUAAAAUGUAUCAUGAAGGAUUAUCGAAUUAUAUUGAAAAUAUAGCUAGUGGUGGUUUAGAAGGUAAUGAAUAUGUUUCUCUAUUAUCCUGGGUUAUAAACACUUAUCCCGGUCAUGAACUGAUGCGACAUCCUGACUUAAAUGUCAACAUAAAACAAGUAGCAGGAUCUCUGCUUACAGCCGAACAUUUAACUUCACUGGAAGACGAAUAUUUAGGCAAUAUGCAACGAAACUUCCAAGAAUGGAUGACCACAACUGCAGACAAAGAUAGAAGUGAUUGGUUUUCGGAACAAACACCCGAUCAAGAUGAACAAUAUUAUCAUAGUCCUGCCUCGGUUAUUAUUUUCGAUAUGAUUAAUCAAUUGCUGCAGGUUACUGAUACCAUCCAUAAUGAUUUGACUUUUAAGGCUUUAGUAAUGAGUAUACGACAAUUGGAUUUGUUUGGUCAAACGUAUUUGAAACAUGUAGUGGAUUUAAAGGAACAUCAUUUUCGUAAUCGUGAUCAAAUCAAGUUUUUCACGCAUCAUAUUAUUGCUAUAGUAAAUAAUAGUCAGCAAAUGUUGGAUUUGGCACAUCAACUGAAGCAGAAAUAUUGGCCCAAUGCACGUACUGAACACUAUGAGUGUUUUGAGAAACUUGUGGAUACAUUCCAGCGUAUACGUUCUCAAGCGACUGGAUAUUUGCUGGAAGAGGCUUUCUUAGAUUUAGAUGGUCAUUUCAAUGAUUUGUUUACACAAAAAUGGCUUACAACCUCCAUAUCGGUGGAUACCAUUUGUAUAACAUUGGACGAUUACUUUCAGGAUUACAAUCAUUUAACGCCCUCCAAUUUCGAAAUGGUCAUUAAUGAGGCCCAAAAACAAUUGGCCAAACGCUAUAUACGUGCUUUACUCUCGAAACGUUUAUCACGUCCUUCUAGCGAUUGUGAAGCCAUCAAGACCAAAAUAAAUUCCGAGGCAAAACGUCUAGAGAGAUUCUUUGAGAAAAUUGCUCCCAAUCUUUCGUUAAGUGAUUCUCCUCUGAAAUUGAUAUCGAUGCUUUCAAGCUUACUGGUGUGUGAUGUAGAAGUGCUACUCUUAGACUUGCAUACUCUAUUAGGUAAUUAUCCAUCGUUGACCGAAGAUCAGAUUGUGCGACUCUUUUACAUACGCAACGAUGUAAGAGCUGCCGAAAUUCGUCAAAAGGUACAGGAUGCCAAUCAAUCGAAAAAACCCAUGGUUACUAUUGCUAAGCAGGAUUGUAUAUUUAAAGAGAUUGUGUUUAGUGAUAAAUUAUGGAAUUUCUGCACACACUUCCAAACUAUGAGCACACCCAAAAUAGUUAUAGUUGGUUCGGGCGCAUCGGGCAUUGCAUGUGCUACAAAACUACUUGAUUACGGUUUUGAGAAUGUUGUUAUCGUUGAGGCUGAACCACGUAUUGGUGGUCGCAUACACACCAUACCAUUUGCCGAUAAUGUAAUCGAUUUAGGUGCUCAGUGGUGUCAUGGCGAAAAGGAUAAUAUAGUUUAUGAACUGGCACAUAGACACGAUCUGCUAGAGUCUACUGGGGAUGUAUACGAAUCAUAUCAAUGUGUACGUUCCGAUAAAGAAGUUGUACCUGAAAGUGUUAGCCAACGUUUAAAAGACAUUGUAAAUGAAAGUUUGGUAACCAGACAAAUGGAAUUGAGAAAUUGUAAUGGCUCGCUGGGCAGUUAUUUGAAUAAUAAAUUCUAUGAGGCUUUAAGAAGGCCGGAGAAUUCCGAUAUUGAUAUGGCGAUAGCAAAAGAAUUCUUUGAGAAUUAUAAAAAAUUUGAAAAUUCCGUAGAAGCUUCCGACACCUUGGAUGAUGUUUCGGGUCGUGGAUAUUUAGAAUAUUGGGAAUGUGAAGGUGAUAUUUUGCUCAAUUGGAAGGAUAAGGGUUAUUUGGAGUUUUUGCGUUUGCUAAUGAAAUCCCGGGCAAACAACACUGAGUAUGGUGUUUUAGAAAAGCGCAUUUUGUUAAAUAAGAAGGUAACGGCAAUCGAAUGGAAUCGCAACGAUUGUUGUGCCCAGUUACGCUGUCAAGAUGGCGAUAUAUUUGUGGCAGAUCAUGUGAUAUUAACGGUAUCUUUAGGCGUACUCAAGGAACAACAUAUGAAAAUUUUCGAACCCAAAUUGCCGGUGGAAAAACAACGUGCCAUUGAUGGUUUAGCAUUUGGUACGGUUAACAAAAUUUUCAUAGAAUUUCCUACAAAAUUUUGGCCUGAAAAUUGGACUGGUUUUACUAUGCUGUGGCGCGAACAGGAUAUUGAAGAGAUUAGAGGAACCGCACGUGCUUGGCUUGAAGAUGUUUUUGGCUUCUACUGUGAUCACAAUCAGACACGUCUAUUAAGUGGUUGGAUCAUUGGAGCUAAUGGUCGUCAUAUGGAAACACUGCCAGAAGAUGAGAUUUUAGCGGGUUGUAUGUAUUUAUUUAGAAAAUUCCUACAAUGGGAAAUACCCGAACCGAAAAGUUUUAAGGUAUCAGCUUGGUAUACAAAUGAAAAUUUCCGGGGUUCCUAUUCUUUUCGUUCCAUGAAAACCGAAGAAGUGGGCACAAGUGCCCGUGAAUUGGCUCAGCCUUUGUGUGUGGUGACUACACCGCCCGUGUUAAAUGGAGAGCCCACAAUUGAACCCCUAUUUACCCAAAGUCGUUGUGAUAAACCCAUUGUGCAAUUUGCCGGAGAAGCUACCAGCGAUCAUUACUUCUCUACCGUACAUGGUGCCGUGGAAGCGGGUUGGCGUGAAGCUACCCGUCUAGCUGACUUCUAUGGCAUGCUUAGAAAUUCCCGUAAACUGCACAAGUCUAAUUUAUAACAAUUUUAGGACUUUGAAUGCCAUUAAGGGGGAUGUUUUAAACAGGGAAUAUUGAAAUGAUUUCAUUUGAAUAUUCUACCGUUUAAUAACAUCUGCAAUGACAUUUAAAGUCCCGAAAUGAAAAUUUAAAAACUUAAUAAAUCAUUUUCUAAUAUAGCGGUUACUUUUUUAAAAAAGCUACACUUACCAGCGCACUAAAAACAUUUAUCCUGCACACAAUUAUGAUUUUAAUUUAGAUAUUUUUGUUUCCAUUUACAUAGUAUUAAGUUAAAAUCAUGUAAAGUAACCUGAAAUCAGUUUCAUUUUAUUGCACUUUUAAUUUGAAAUUAUUUUGUUGUAUUAUGAUUUAUUAUUUUUUUUAAUUUUUUAUUUCUGGUCCUUUUAGUUAAGAAAAA